GAUGAGAUGAUUCAUGAACAACGCGGAGGGGGAGAGAUCGUCGGUCAACCAUCUUCAACUAUAAAAUCAGUGCAGCGAAAGUGAGCUUCACAUGCAAUAAAUGCUGGUAACGAAGGGGCGAAGUGGGCAGUGAGAGGAGUGUUUUGAAACAGAACUCCUGUCGUUAGGGAACAGCCGUAGCUGUAACGAAAUGAAGAGACCAUUGAUACUGAUCGUGCUUCUUCUUUCUCUCUAUUUGCUUCCCAUCUGGGGCUUUGCUGCGAAACAACAGCAGCAGCAGCAGCCGCAACAGCUGCGGUUUGGGAAAGAUGGGGAGUUUAAGAUACUGCAGGUGGCCGAUAUGCAUUAUGGGGACGGCAAAACCACACCUUGCGAGGACGUGCUUCCCAGCGAGUUCCCCACUUGCUCUGACCUUAAUACCACAGCCUUUAUCCAGCGGAUGAUCCUCGCCGAGAAGCCCAAUUUCAUCGUUUUCACCGGGGACAACAUCUUUGGGUUUGACGCAACGGAUCCAGCCAAGUCUUUGAAUGCUGCCUUUGCACCAGCAAUCUCAUCCAAAAUCCCAUGGGCUGCUGUUUUGGGGAACCAUGAUCAGGAAUCCACCCUCUCAAGGGAAGGUGUGAUGAAACAUAUAGUUGGCUUGAAGAACACACUGUCUCAAGUCAAUCCCGUGGAAGCGCAUGUUAUUGACGGUUUUGGGAACUAUAACCUCCAAGUUGGUGGGGUUGAGGGCUCUAGUUUUGAGAACAAGUCCGUUCUCAACCUGUAUUUCCUUGACAGUGGAGAUUACUCCACGGUCUCAUCAAUCCUUGGCUAUGGUUGGAUCAAACCCUCUCAGCAACUUUGGUUUGAACGCACUUCCAAAAAGCUUCAGAGGGCAUAUAUGGACAAGCCUGAGGCUCAGAAAGGACCUGCUCCCGGGCUUGUGUACUUUCACAUCCCAUUGCCGGAAUUUGCAAGUUUCGACUCGACAAACAUCACUGGUGUGAAACAGGAAGGCAUCAGCUCUGCUUCUGUGAACUCUGGCUUCUUCACGACCAUGCUAGCUGCUGGAGAUGUGAAGGCAGUUUUCACUGGCCACGAUCAUCUCAAUGAUUUCUGUGGCCAGCUGACUGGUAUACAGCUGUGUUAUGCUGGGGGAUUUGGAUACCAUGCUUAUGGGAAGGCUGGAUGGGCAAGGAGAGCAAGGGUGGUGGUAGCAAACUUGGAGAAAACAGAAAAGGGCGUUUGGGGAGCAGUAAAGUCAAUCAAAACAUGGAAGCGCCUUGAUGAUGCGCAUCUGACUCCUAUUGACGGACACGUCCUUUGGAGCAAGACUUCUGCUGGUAGCCGUAGAAAAAAACAUAUUGGUGGCCCUUGAGUAACUGGCAUAUGAAAAACUAUAUUUAUAUAGUUCAUAGCAAACUUGGCCUUAAGGAGGAAGGCUUUGGAAAUGCUUUUAUGGGAACAAUCUCAUUUGAGGAAAGCUUUGGAAAUUGUUUUGAGGGAACAAUCUCAUUUGUUGAACGAUAAAUAUAUCUAAUGAUUUUGUCUGGCAAUGAAUUGACAAGUAUUGAAACUAUAGGAGGUGAUGUAAAGGAGCCUGGAAUAAUGAUGUUAUGAAGGAAGUUGAGUGAUUGAGGUAA